AUGGCACGCUAUGUCGUCGCGGAGAGCGCGGGCGGGCGUCCCCCCAAGAGACAGCUUCGCAAGUGGUGGAAGGAGAGCUCCGUAUACCAAGUCUACCCGGCCUCGUUCCAGGACUCGACCGGCUCGGGCGUGGGCGACCUCAAGGGCAUCAUCGACCGCGUCGACCACUUCAAGUCCCUCGGCGUCGACAUCGUGUGGUUGUGCCCCAUCUUUGAGAGUCCCCAGAUCGACAUGGGCUACGACAUUAGCAACUACAAAAAGAUCCACGAGCCCUACGGCACCGUCGCCGACGUCGACACCCUCAAGGACAAGCUCCACGAGCGCGGCAUGAAGCUCGUCCUCGACCUUGUCGUCAACCACACCAGCGACCAGCACGAGUGGUUCAAGCAGUCGCGCAGCUCAAAGAACAGCCCCUACCGCGACUGGUACAUCUGGCGCAAGCCAAAGUACGACGCCCAGGGCAACCGCCAGCCUCCCAACAACUGGGCCUCCCAUUUCCAGGGCAGCGCGUGGGAAUACGACGAAGCAACAGACGAAUACUACCUGCGCCUCUUCGCCCGCCAACAACCCGACCUCAACUGGGAGAACCCCAAAGUCCGCGCCGCCGUCCACGACAUCAUGCGCUUCUGGCUCGACAAGGGCGCCGACGGCUUCCGCCUCGACGUCAUCAACUUCGUCAGCAAGCCCCAGGACUUCCCCGACUCCAAGCAAGAGGUCCUGCCCGGUUCCGAGCUCUACUCGGCCGGGCCCAGGCUGCACGAGUACCUCAAGGAGCUGGGCGCCAUCCUGCACGAGUACGACGCCUUCAGCGUCGGGGAGAUGCCCUGCGUGAGGGACCUGAACGAGGUGAUCAAGAGCGUGAACGGCGAUCGCGGGGAGCUGAGCAUGAUUUUCCAUUUUGAAUUCGUCGACAUCGACAUCGGCCCCCACGGCAAAUUCUCCGCCAAAGAAUGGGACCUCGCGGAGCUCAAGGGCAUCGCCAACAAGUGGCAGCGCUUCAUGUACGACCACGACGGCUGGAACGCGCUGUACCUCGAGAACCACGACCAGCCGCGCUCCGUCAGCCGCUUCGCAAACGACGCGCCGCAGCACCGCGUCGACAGCGCAAAAGCCGUCGCCAUGUUCCAGGCCCUCCAGGCCGGCACGCCCUUUGUUUACCAGGGCCAGGAGAUUGGCAUGGUCAACGUGCCCAAGGAGUGGCCGAUGGAGGAGUACAAGGACAUUGACUGCCUGAACCACUGGAACUUGCACAAGGACUCCAAAGACAAGGAAUACCUCAAAUUCCUCAAAUCCCAAUACCAGAAGAAAUCCCGCGACAACGCCCGCACACCAAUGCAGUGGACCGCCGCCCCCAACGCAGGCUUCACGACACCCCAGGCAACCCCAUGGAUGACGGUGCACCCGAACCACACGGAAAUCAACGUCGCCGCGCAGGUCUCGGACCCGGCCUCCGUCUUCAACUUCUGGAAGACGGUCCUCGCGACGCGCAAGCGGUACCUCGACAUCUUUGUCUACGGCGACUUCGCCCUCGUGGACGAGAAGAACGAGAAGAUCGUGGCGUACGCGCGGCGGGCCGAGGACGGCGCCGUGGCGGUCGUGGCGUGCAACUUUUCGAGCGGGACGGUAAGUUGGGAGGGACUGAAGGCGGAGAGCGUCAAGGAGGUGCUUGUUUCCAACGGCGGCAAGACGGCGGAAGAUUUCAGUGGGGGCAAGGUCGAGUUUGGACCGUACGAGGGAGCGGUUGUGCUUCUGGCCUAG